CCAAUUAAUGCCACGAGGAUGCUACUCUACCACAAAUAUCACUAUGCUACAUUGCCAUUAAAAUCUACGGUGAUCAAGGGCUGCAGCUAUCUUGUUGAGCAGCAAUGGCUUCAUUAUUAUAUUUAUUCCCUUCUUUUCCUCGGCGUCGGUGCCGAAUUGCCCGAUUCUACAUCACCUCCUGAAAACUCGCAUCAAGCAACGUGAUUGACCUAACAAGUUCCACGAUGCCUUCGCUCGUUACUGAGACGGGAUCCAAGUCGCUGGAUGGGGGCAUCAUAAAAUUCACCAAUUGUCGACUCGUCAAGGAUGACCGCCUCGUCGAGGAGGAUUUGUGGGUCAGCUCACUCACUGGCCGCAUCCUCCAUCAGCAAGAGGCCUUUUAUGAAUACGGCGUCAGUCCAGAUCAGGUCGUCGAUCUCCAAGGGAAGAUUAUCUCGCCAGGCUUCAUCGAUGUUCAAUUGAACGGUGCAUUUGGUGUGGACUUUUCUGUGGUCCCAGAGAACAUUGCCGAUUAUGCCAAAGGACUGGCGUAUCUAAAUAAAAACCUCAUCCGCACUGGAGUCACGGCAUAUUUGCCUACGUUGACAAGUCAAAGAAGAGAAGUCUACCAUCAGGCUCUCCCAUACUUGGGACCAACGGGCGGCCGAAGGGCGGCCCAAGAAGGAUCAGAAUCGCUCGGCGCACAUUGCGAAGGACCUUUUCUGAGUCCCACAAAGCGCGGCAUUCACAGCAUCGACGUACUGCGGUCUGGGGACAAUGGAUUCCAGGAUUUUGUUGAAUGCUAUGGCGAAAAGAAUUUGGGCGUUUCACCCCAUAGCCAUGGCCCAAAGGCAACGGUCAAGAUGAUCACUGCUGCACCUGAGAUGGGUGGUAUUAUGAAUGCGAUCCCGGAAGUGGCUUCUCGCGAUAUAGUAUUCUCUAUCGGUCACUCAGAGUCAACGUACGAGGAAGCAUCCGAAGCGGCAAAGGCUGGGGCGACCAUGGUUACGCAUUUAUUCAAUGCCAUGCGUCCCUUGCACCACCGGAAUCCAGGGAUCUUUGGUCUGCUUGGAACGUCGCAACAGACGCCUAGCCCUUAUUUUGGCGUCAUUGCUGAUGGCAUCCAUCUACAUCCAACAUCUGUCAAGAUUGCUUAUAGCUCGCAUCCGGAUGGAUUCAUUCUCGUGACGGAUGCCAUGAGUUUGGUCGGACUGCCUGAUGGGGUCUACGAGUGGACCAAUGGGGAACGUAUCGAGAAGAAGGGUCCACUGCUAACUCUUGAGGGAUCCGAUAAGAUUGCAGGCAGUUCAACUACACUGCUUGAGUGCGUGACCAACUUUUUAAACUGGACCGGUGCUUCCAUACCGCAGGCCCUCAAAGCCAUCACAGCAACACCAGCGAAGAUGCUGGGUCUGGAAAGGUCAAAGGGCACUCUGCGUGGCGGAGCUGAUGCAGACCUGGUUAUUCUUGAUGAGUCUCGUGAUGACUCAGGUCACGCAACUCUUAGUAUCGACCAAGUCUGGAAAUUUGGCCAUUGCGUCUACUCGCAAAAUUGAGGUGAAGAACUUUUCCAUUAUGCAUUAAUUUGAAGCGGCAUUUAAUUGGUGGGUUCAUAGACCAGUAUAUGUAUUAAGAAUACUUAGGUAAUAAAGCCAAAUAUGCUUAAUGGAUCUUUUUGACGACUACAUGGGGAGCUCCUGUAUAGGGUAUUUAUCUACAAAUACUUUAUUCGAUUAGGAUAAGGACAAGGCAAACUAAUGAGGAUAAGGUAAAUAAAAAGGAUCAGGAUAAGGUAAAUUGGUACGGACUGAAGGAAAUCUGACCGUUUGAUCACCAAAGAAAAAAAAUAAAAAUAGAAA